AUGGAUUCGCACGUACCGCGCGAGCUACCGGCUAUGCCAAAGCGCAAACCAGUCGCUCCGCUCGCAGAUCCUCUACCAUCUUCGACAUCGGAGCGCGAGCUUACCAGCAAACUCAUCCCUAAUGUCUUCCUUGUCGCCACCGCUCUUGCUGCACUGACUCUCUCCUGGCCGUCGCGAUGGGUCAUCUCGGGAGCGCCCACCUUUGUGUAUGCCAUCUUGCUGGGUGAAGCCCACGGACAUCGCAUCCUCCCGUUCGCCCCUGUGUGGACCAUCUUCGCUACCGUUAACCUGGCAUACGCUGUAUGCGCAACAUCAUGGCUCCUCUACUGGGUCUUUUUCACCUGUUGCUGGCCAACUCUUCUCAUCACGUGCCUUUACCAAUUCGACGCCGCUGCCGCCCUCGCACGACGCAGUCUACGCAAAACAUUUUUGCGCGAUCUCCACUUCAUCAACGACCAGAUAGCUUUCUUUGACUUGCCGGCGCUGGAGAUUGAUACCGAGGUCAAAGGUCUCUUCGUCAUUCGCGGCGUUACGCUAUCGCUCUCGACAAUGACGCUUGUUGCUCAUGGCGUGGAGGCUGGAAUCAAACUUUCCGAUGAUGUCGAGCUGGGCAUACAGGUGGAUAAAGUGGUUGUGCCAUUGUUCCGCGAAAUCACGGUCGAUGACGUGUAUGCAAACGUCAAAGGCGGGGAAUGGGAAGUCACCUUUGGCGAUGUCACGUAUGGCGUUCCGGAACCAGACGACGAUGACUCGAUGGUCGUAACCAACACGGCUAUACUUCGAGCGGCAACGCAAAAGGGCGGCAUCACCGGUCGCCCGACCGACAUGAUGCGAAACUUCACCGCCGGAAAAGUCCCAACCGAGGCUCAGGACACCGCAUCUGCCUUCUCAUCCGUCAAAAAGGUGGCUCCGGACGAAGAGCAAGCACACACAAAGUACAAGGAGCUGAUACGCUACAUCGACGAAACUAGUGCCAUAACCAUCGCAAAGAAACAGUUGAUCCAGGCUUCAAAGGCACGUAAAGAUAGCAAAGUCGACUCAGAAAAUGAGGAAAGAGAAGGGAAGCAGAGCAGAAAGGCGAGGGAAGAACCAGGGGUGCGACUCGAUAUCGAAAAUAUGGACGACUUUCGUGCCGCCAUUUGUGCCCAGAUUCACGGCCAGCCUUCCAUACCCCACCCACCCUCCAAAUCGAUAAGAGUAUCCACACUUCGCAAGACAUCUUAUCCCAACGUCAAAAAGUUCCUACACCGACUGCCAUUGCUAUACCGAUUGAUGCUCAGCCCUAUUUGCUACUUUCACCCGGUCAAGUUCAAGUCCGUCACAGCCGCCGGAUCAGGGAAAUGGUUCACGGCACUCAUGAAAAAGUAUUUUUUCAAGCAUUACUCGUCACAGGAUGCAGAGAUUCGUAGACUUGAGGCGCGGAUAUCUUCCUGGUGCGCGGAUGCCAAUUUUGCUGUUGAACUGGGCCCAAUUCAGAGUGAGGCGCAGUUCCCGAUCAAUACGAACUACAAUAUCCAAACCAAGUUCAAGAUCUCUGAUGUUCUUGCUUACAGAAUUCUGCCAGAUGCUGUCGAGCUUAAACAAGUCGUCCGAUUGGGAGGCGCAAAUGCAACUCUCACAAUACCCACUUUCCUGUUUCCUCACCAUGAGCACAUCUUCCCUGAAAAAGCAAGCGACUUUGAGUUACUCGAGAUAGAGUCAGCCAUCAACGAAGCUGAGCCUACUCCAAAACAGGCAUUAGCUCGAAAAGAGCUCAAACGACUUAAGAGGGAUGAAGCGGCUAUGCAUAUCAGUGCACAUGCACACUUACCAGCUCAGUUCCAUCAAGAUCUGUUGAACUUUGUUGCCGCCAUUGUCAAGGCCACAAAGGUCAUUGAGUCGGAUAAAGAUUUUGAGGAGGCCAAGGUUCUACGAGAGCUCAAGCGCGUCAGCACCAACCUGUCCGACAGCGAGGCGAGCAGUGUAGCGUCCGUUAACACCAACAACACUGAGACCACACAGACGACCAUCAACGGAACUGAAGAUAAAAGCUUCAAGGCUUUUCUCAAAAAAGUAGAUACCGGUUUCAAGGAAGCGUCGAACAAAACCAUGGUAGGUAUGCGUAAAGCUGGACAAACCACCGUUCAUGCAAUGGCCAAUGAUCGUUGGAUUGCUCGGCUGGUCGGUAAGGUGACCAGGAAGAUGGAAAAGGUACAGGGAGAAUUGGGAUAUAGCGUCGAUGUUCCCAUACCCUUGGCUAAGUACCGCGUGCGUCAUGAGCUUGAGCCCAAGCUUCUACCAUGA